AUGACAUCUUCGUCACAACAAACCUUCCUCACUGGUCUCCUGGCCGGUGCGACUAUUUCAUUCGCUGCGAAAUGGCUUCUGGAUCGAAAUCAAGGUGCAGCACAGAACGAAUCCUCGUCCAAACGAAUCACCAAACAGAGUAGUAGUGAUACCAAGAACAAGGACAAAAUUCCAUCCAUCCCAGCUGAACUCCGAGAAGAGCAACUCUCCCGCCACACACUCUACUUUGGAGAAGAGGGAAUGAAGUCAAUUCGCAAUUCAAAAGUCUGCGUGGUAGGCUUGGGAGGAGUGGGUAGUCACACAGCGAUCAUGCUGGCCCGUGGUGGAGUCGAAUUCCUAAGAUUGAUUGAUUUUGACCAGGUCACACUGUCCAGUUUGAAUCGACAUGCCUGUGCGACCUUGGCCGACGUUGGGAUUCCUAAAGUGACAUGCGUCGAAAAGGUUUGUCAUCAGUUGGGAGUGGCGGGAAUAGAUGCUCGGGCGGAAAUGUUCACCAAGGAUUCUGGUCCGACCAUGUUGGGGGACACAAAAUGGGACAUUGUGAUUGAUUGCAUUGAUGAUGUUCCUACCAAAGUGGCGUUAUUGGCGUACUGCGUAAAGAAUAAGAUUCGAGCCUUGUCGUGCAUGGGUGCCGGUGGAAAAUCAGACAUGACCCGGCUGCACAUUUCGGAUAUUCGAACUGCCUCGAGGGAUCCACUGGCAACUAAGAUUCGCAACAAUUUGAAGAGAGCCAUGAAAGGAGAAAGUGACGCGUACUUGGACGAUAUGGAUCAACUUACUGUCAUUUAUUCUUCGGAAAAGGUUGUUGUCAAGUUGGCUGAUUUGACCGAAGAACAAAAGGAGCAAGGUGACAAGUCUCAGUUUGGUAAUGUGGACGGCAUGAGAAUCCGAGUAUUGCCUGUACUAGGACCUUUGCCAGCUAUUAUGGGGCAAAGUUUGGCAUCCAUUGCCAUGUGCGAGCUGGGAAAGAAGCCUAUUCAUCAACCAGUCACUGGCGAACGAGUGGGUAGAAACGUCCGAAAUAAGAUGUUUCAACAUAUUACACGACGGGAACAACAAAUUGAGGACAACACCAUACCAGGAGUAUGGGCUUCGUACACCGGAAAGAUUCAAAUCGGCCCAGAUGAUAUUGACUAUCUAUUGGGAAUGUGGAGAAAUCGGUGCGGGGUUACGGGUGCACGGCUGGGAACUGUUCUCCAAUUGGCUCGAUGGGAUUUGACCAAGCCCGCUACGACAGAUAACCUCGUGAUCAUGUCCACUCACGCUCUAAAAGCAUACGAUGAAGAAGGCAGAGGUUCAAUUCCACACGAGGUACAAAAGAGAAUAGAACUACGACUGGCGGAAGCCAGAGAUGUCAAUUCUGAGGCAUUCUAA